UAAAGAUUUUUAUAGAUAUUAAUACUGGGACAAGCUGCUGCCCAAAAUGUCAAAAAUUCUAUUUCGACCGUUAAUCCAACCUGUAAUUCUUCGCCGGCUAUGCGAUAAACCGAAGCUGAGUAACAAGCCGUCGAACACUCCACACCCACCGAAGGACCCUCCAGAUGAUUACCAACCGACCAGUGUAAACCAUGAUGCAUUGGAUGUGCCCAACUUUGUAAGUCCCUCUUCCUUUCGUCAGUUCAGUGGUCCCGAUGAAAAGUUAGGACCAGGAGCUGGCAAAGCCUCGACCUACAAGAAUGCCCAGUACUUUGGCUACCAUCGGUUCUCGUUUACGGAUCUGCUAAGCACGGCUACGGAGUUGCGCGAUGAACGCCGUUUGGAUGGAGGCCUUCAGGCAUCUAUAGAAGCGGAUGAAGAAACUGCAAGUGAAGAGGCCCAACUGGAUACCAUGAAGAAACUGGAAGGCGAGUGUGAUGAAAUUCUCGCAAAUCAAGCCAAGCAAAUUGAGGAAGAGAAGUCUAAACCCAAGGAGAAGAAUGUUCAGGAUAUGAGCGAAGAGGAGCUAAAAGAGUGGUGCAAGAAGAAAGAAGAGGAUAUCAAAAAGAAGGAGCAGCUAAAGAAAGAUGCCGACAAACCCCCAAAGAAACUUGAGGAUAUGAGUGAAGAGGAGUUGAAAGCCUGGUGCCAGAAGAAAGAAGCCGACAUAAAAGCAAAAGAAAAGAAAAGACUGGCUGAGGAAAAGGCUAAAUGUGAGGCAGAAGAAAAGAAAAAGAGUAAUGAGGCCAAAAAGAAGUAUGAAGAGGAAGAGAAAAGAAAAAAGGCAGCGGAGACUAAAAAGAAAAGCGAGGAAGUAGAGAAAAGGAAGAAUGAAGAAGCUAAUAGAAAGUGCGAGGCGGAGAAGAUCAAAAAGGAAGCAGAACGUGAGGAAGAAGAACGGAAGAAAAAGUGUGAAGAAGCAGAAAAGAAGAAAAAGUGUGAGGAAGAAGAAAAGAAGAAAAAGUGUGAGGAAGAAGAAAAGAAGAAAAAGUGCGACGAAGAAGAACGGAAGAAAAAGUGUGAGGAAGAAGAACGGAAGAAAAAGUGUGAGGAAGAAGAAAAGAAGAAAAAGUGUGAGGAAGAACGGAAGAAAAAGUGUGAGGAAGAAGAAAGCAAGAAAAAGUGUGAGGAAGAAGAACGGAAGAAAAAGUGUGAGGAAGAAGAAAAGAAGAAAAAGUGUGAGGAAGAAGAAAAGAAGAAAAAGUGUGAGGAAGAAGAAAAGAAGAAAAAGUGUGAGGAAGAAGAAAAGAAGAAAAAGUGCGCGGAAGAAGAACGGAAGAAAAAGUGUGAGGAAGAAGAACGGAAGAAAAAGUGUGAAGAGAAAAAGGACGAAAAAUGCGCAGCAGGAGAAAAUAAGGCUAAAACAGAUGAAGAGAAGUCGGUCCUACGAGUGUUUUCAGAUUUCAAACAAAAGUGCAUGGAAGCUUUGGAAAAAAAGGAAUUAUUUUUUUCAUAUCAAUCUUUAGGAAAGCUUUUUUAA